AUGGACAAGUCCGACAUCUCCCAUGUCGAAAUUGCCCAUGACACUUCGAUGUCUGGACAUCCUGGAGAUGGACAAGUUGAGCUCUUGCGUGGAGGUGAGGUGGUGCUGAUCCCGACACCAUCGGCCGAUCCUAGAGAUCCAUUGAACCUGCCCGCAUGGCGCAAAUGGGUCUUGCUUGUCCUCGUCUCCGCCUACAGCUGUACAGCUGUUGUACUUGCCUCUGGAAUGGGAUCUAUCUUCACCGUUGUCGAAGCUUCCUACCCCGGACAAGAAGCCCGCGCGAGCGACCUCAUGACCUAUCCGACACUGUUCAUGGGUAUUGGAAACCUCAUUGCUAUGCCCUUCGCUUUUACCUGUGGUCGUCGACCUGUUUUCCUUGCAUCGAUGCUCCUGCUCAUCGCCGCUGGCAUUUGGUGCCAAUGCUCGCAGAGUUUGGGAAGCCAUAUCGCUGGUCGGAAUAUCAUGUCUCUUGCCGCCGGUCAGAGUGAAGCGUUGAGUCCAAUGAUUGUCCAGGAGAUUCACUUCCUGCACGAGCGUGGAAGAAAGAUUGCCUGGUUUAUCUUUAUCCAAAACGUUGCUGCCGGCGUAUUCUUCGUCAUUUCCACCUACAUGGUCAGUGCUUGGGGAUGGAGAUGGUGGUACGGGUUCUUCACUAUCAUGAACGCGGCCAUCUUCGUGUUGUCGGUGAUCUUCGUCUCGGAGUCUCACUUUGAGCGAUCAGAGGAGGCCAUGCGUGGGGAGUCGCUGCCUGAUUCCAAGAUCUCUGGCGCGCCUGGUACCGAUGGAGGCGAACAGUACGCCCCUCGCCGCUGGAUUGAUGACAUCAAACCCAUCGUUGUGAAGCCCCGUCUGCGUGAUAUCCCGACUUUCUACAAGCAAAUCUUGCAGGGCUUCCUUAUCCCAACCAUCUUUUGGCUUCUCUUGCUGAACGGUGCCCACCUCGGUGUUUACGUCUUCCAGGCCUCCACCUUCUCAACCAUCCUGAUGGGUCCUCCGUACUCCUUUGCCUUUGAAGCCCUGGGCUACGUUCAAGCUGGACAAAUCGCUUGCUGUCUCGUCUUCUUGCCCCUCUUGGGUUACGGCAGUGAUCUCGUGAUCAAGUUCUUCAGUCGUCGCAAUGGUGGCCUCUACAAGCCUGAAUACCGUCUGCCAGUUAUCAUCAUCCCCGCCAUUGUCGGCAUCGUCUGUGGAAUUAUUUACGGACAGGCUGCUGAAAACCCGGAGAAAUGGAGUGCGGCAGCGGUCGUCAUUGGCUACAACGCUAGUUUCUUCGCUUUCUUGGGCGCAAACAUCGUUGGUAUUACCUAUGCCGUGGAUAGCUUCCCGACCCGCGCUGCGCCGUUCUUGGUUGUGAUCUGUGCUGGAAGAGGUUUCAUUUCCUUCGGUCUCAGCUAUGCUACGUUGCCUGCUGUUCAUACCCUUGGUUAUGAUGGUACCAUGAUUGUCGAGGUGGUCAUUUGUGCUGUAUUUGCACUUAUCGCUGUCCCGGUGUUCUUCUUGGGACCUCGGAUCAGACGGUUUGCUCAGAAGUGGUGCGGUGUUGAUGACAAGGUGAACUGA